GUUGCAACAUUUGACAUUUCAUGUCCGACCGUGUCAAGGGUUUCUCUCCUCUCUCUCUUUCUAUCUCAUUUUUAACGAAUUUUUCUUCGACUCCUAUUCCUUUCUCAAUCUAUAAAUUGCCGCCUCGACUCCUCGCUCCCUCUUCCUCUCUGCUCGCUCUCUGUGCUGGUACGAACAAUCCUUCGUGACGAUUCGCGGACCAAUGCCUGAAGAUUUGAUCGGCCUCUGCACUGUAUCUUCUUCGUUGUUUCCUCUCAGCUUCGGAUUCUGAAGGGUCGCUUGUUUGGAGCCAGUUCAUGUCUGCUUUGCAGCAUCGGUGUCUAGGUUCUACUCAGUUUUAUAGAAGAUCCGGUGCGUGGGAGAGUUUCUAUGGAUUAUGAGCUCUCUGACAGUAGCGAUACAGAUGAUGAUCUUCCUCCAUCAAAUCAAAAUAGACUUGCAAGAAGGGGCAAGACUGCUGGAAAUGGAAGAUCCAUGGUAAAUUCUGUCCCAUAUUCAAGGACGCAUAGCGAUAUGGAAACCCAGAUUCACCACCUUGAGCAAGAAGCAUACAGUUCUGUCCUGCGAGCAUUUCAAGCUCAGUCAGAUGCUAUUUCUUGGGAGAAAGAAGGUUUAAUAACAGAGCUUAGGAAAGAGCUCAGAGUAUCAGAUGAUGAACACCGAGAGCUUUUGAGCAGGGUUAAUGCCGAUGACCUUAUUCGAAGGAUAAGGGAGUGGAGGCAAGCAGGUGGGCUUCAAGUACACGAUCCAGUACAUACUCCUACUGUUUCAGCAUCACACAAGAAACAAAAGAUGUCCCAACCAAUGCCUUCAGUUUCACUGGGCGUGUCAUCGCCAGCUUUACACUGUCAGUCAGUAGCUGCAUCCAUGCAGCCUUCUGCUCCCAAACAAGGAGCACCACCACUAGGAGCUGGAGGGAAAAGGCCUAAACCAGGCCAGCCAUUUCCCGGUUUAUCCUCGGUUAAGCCCAUGAAAUACCCUUCUACAGGUUCUACAGGAAGGGGUCAAUUUGCUAAUCGCAGUUCUUCUGGUGCCCCUAUGUCAAAUGAACCUGCUGAAGCAGCAGCAUCAUUUGAUUCCCUGAUUGGAAGGAAAGUUAUGACAAGAUGGCCUGAGGACAACAACUUCUACGAGGCUGUCAUAACUGAUUAUAACCCUCAUGAGGGUCGACAUGCUCUUGUAUAUGACAUACGCACUGCAAACGAGACCUGGGAAUGGGUUGAUCUCAAAGAGAUUUCUCCUGAAGACAUCCGAUGGGUGGGUGAGGAUCCAGGAAUAUCUCAUCGAGAGGGUCCUGGUGGACAAGGCCAUGGGGUUAAGAAAUCCAUGAGCCAUGGUGGUGCUGCCCCUCCAGCUGCUGGAACUGGAAGAGGGAGAGGAGGAUUCACAAAGGUUCAGUCGAGAAAAGAAUUCCCAUCAUCACAAAAUGGGAUUGGAAAUAAGCUUUUGGAUGAUAUUGAAAUACUUAGCACAGAUACACUCGUAAAGGAGGUAGAAAGACUUUUCAGUGCCAGUAAUCCCGAUCCUUUCGAAUUCGACAAGGCAAAAAAAAUGCUGAAAGAGCACGAACAGGCACUGAUUGAUGCAAUUACAAAGCUUGCAGAUGCAUCCGAUGGUGAAAGUGAUGUAGAACUGCGGAGGGGGCACGAAAGCAUGAUUGAAGAACCAGCAGAGAUGGCCAUGGCUGCAACAGCUGACCAACAAGAAGAUGAUUGCAUCGACGACAUCUAACUUCUUAGCAGCUUGCGUGAUUGAAAUAAGAAAUUAGUUGGAUUACCAUACAGAAAUAGAAUCAUAAAUCCCAUUUGGAUUGCAUUUUAUUCUUUUAUACCAUGCAUGUUAUGAUUUUAAGGCUCAAAUUUCAUGUUAAGAUUGGUUCCUGUUCGGAACAAUGUAAUUGGUUUGUUAUUUAUUUAUUUAUUUAUUUUUGUUGACU